CAUACAGGUACUGCUAUUUGUCAGUAGGCUGUGAGAUGUUGCGGGUGUAGUUAUUUUUCUUAGAUUGUACUUGAAUGCGCUAGAAUGUUACAAUUUUUUUUAUUGAUGCGUUUGAGUUCGUGACUUCGGACAGUUCUAACUGUUACGAUUUUUGCACUUGAUAAUGUUGGAAUAUGAUGAGAUUAACUUUGAUUUUGUGUUGUUGCGUAGUGGAUUUUUGCGUUUUCGUUUUUGCUGACCAAUCGACAAACUGCCAAAAGAGCGAUAUCCACUUCGAGAAAGUACUGGGAUUCAAGCCAUCAGAUGAAAAUCAUGCCAUGUUACUGUACAAAAAUAACACCCACCCAGUUACCAUUGAAUGUAUUCAAAAGUGCCAAAGUAAUGAUGACUGUAGAAGCUUCGUAUUGGAUUACAGCACCUUCAGUUGCUAUUGGUACAGACAUCCUAUCGAAGGAAAAGAAGAAUCUAACAUAAUUCCCGACAACAGGGUUGCUUGGUUCGUCAAGAUCUGUCUUCGAGGUGGAUCAUGCCCAGAUAAGCUUUGGAAAUUUGAGAGAAUUCCUGCUGCCAUCUUAAUAGGCAACGAUACGAAAACGUUAACAGAAAAAGUAACUAGAAUAGAAUGCGAACAAAGUUGCCUGUCUUCAAAAAAUUUCGAAUGCAGAUCUGCUAAAUUCAAGGUAAAGGAUGCCAAAUAUGACAAAAAUUCUGCAAUCAUGGGUUCUUGCACCUUGAGCAAUACUGACAGACGUUUGACCCCAAAUAGCUUCAGGGCAGGUAGAGAUGUAGAAGAAUACUUCGAGAAUCAAUGCUCCAAUGACUAUCACCAAGGGUACAAUAAUACAUUUUGUGCGUAUGAAGAAUAUGGUGAUGUUUUGCUCCAACAUGUUGAUCUCAUGUUUGAAAAAAAGACUAAAAGUGAAUGUGAAGAGAUAUGUAAUGGAAUUAAAGUUUUUCAUUGUCGUGGUUUCAGUUUAAAACCAAGUGCUUCGGGUUUUACCUGCCUGAUUCACAGUGAAGAUAGUAAAGUAUACGGUCCACGGUUGCUAGAGGAAGUCAGCAAGGGUUUUUAUUAUGAGAAAGCUAGAUGCUUGAAUAUAACAGUUACAUGUACCGAAGAGUCAAUAACCAUUAACUAUCGCCCAGAAGUGAAUUUUUUAGGACGGAUCUAUAUGCAGGGCUAUUCAGAUAACCCUGAGUGCUUCACCAAAGGUCAGGGUUUCAAGCAACUUAGUCUUAAGCUACCUCUGCCCAGUAGUCAAUGUGGCAUCAGAGAAGCUGUAACUCCAGACAACAGGAGACUCCUCAGUGGAUCUUUAAUCAUUCAAUACAACAGUUUCGUUCAAAUGCAAGGUGAUAGACUGAUCAGAGUUGGAUGUAUUUUUGCUAAUGAUUCAAAACUAGUCAUUGGUACUGGUGUUACUGUAGCUCCGUUGCCUUCAGACAACGGUAGCUUUCUCGUAAAUUCUACAACUUCUCCAGCAAAUGGAGGAGACUCCUCUAGACCCUUAGUUCAGAUGAAACUGGUUGAUCACUAUACCAAAGAAGAAGUUUCUGAUAUUCAAAUAGGACAAGAAGUUGACCUUGUCGUUCAAGCUGCCACCAAAGGAAACAACGAUAUCUGGGCUAGUCAUCUUGUUGCAAUGACAGAAAAUAGUGUUGAGUCCAUUAUACUACUUGAUGAUUUUGGCUGUCCAGUUGACAACAAUGUAUUCCCACCUAUGUUCAAAUCAAAAACAGCAAACAUGACUACGUUAACUGGAACCUUUCAGGCCUUCAAAUUUUCCUCUUCCCCUGCUGUUAGAUUCAGUAUAAUUAUUCAAUUCUGUCCUCAGAAAUGUCCUGAAGUUGAUUGUCGAAAUCUCAACCGACAUAAAAGAGCACAAUAUAGAUCCUUUAAUGGAACUAUAGAGAAUAUAAAUCGAACAGAAUUUGAGUUCAUAAAUUCCCAGUUCUUCAGAAAACCAUUGGAAAUCAUGGUGAUUGUCAGAAAUCAAAAUCUUUCUCCUGACAGACUUGCGUAUGGAGGCAACAAAGUUUUGGUUGCAGGAUAUAAUUAUGAAACCAAUGAAGUAUGUGUAGAUUAUUCCUUACUGCUGGGUUUGGUCAUUUCGUGGGUAUUAAUUCAAAUUAUUUUUGCAAUUGUAUGCAUUAUAAUGGUGAGAAAAUAUAAGAAGUAUUAUCAAGAAGAAUACGUGAGACAAGCAUAUGAAGAGUAUAAUAAAAAUUUUGAUAUAGGAGCCAGCAAUUUAGAUACAAGAAGAGUGCGAUGGGCUGACAGUGGUGAUGAAAUGCAAUAAAUAUGCAUCAAUUCAUCAUAAUUUAAUAGAACUAUUAUAUGUACAAUAAAUCAUAUGAGUUUGGAAAAA